AGGCCUGUCAAUCUUCCUCUUCCGCCGCUAUAAAAGGCUUCCUCCCCCGUCAUCUCCGCCGUUCAAAUCCACAAUCACAUAUUUCUUGUUGUUAGGGUCGCCGGAAACUGCCGUAUGGCUGAAAAUUUUGCUCAAUGUUCUUCCCCCAAACUCUUCACCCCUUUCCAGAUGGGGAGAUUCGCUCUUGCCCACAGGAUAGUGUUGGCACCUUGCACAAGGUGUAGAGCUUUGAACAACAUGCCGCAGAAGGCACACGUUGAGUACUAUUCCCAAAGGGCAACUCCCGGUGGGCUGCUGAUCACCGAGGGAACCAUCAUUGAUCCCACUGCAGCCGGGUAUCCAAAUGUGCCCGGGAUUUUUACCAAGGAGCAGGUGGAAGCUUGGAAAGAAGUGGUUGACGCCGUCCAUGAAAAGGGUGCUGUUCUGUUCUGCCAGCUUUGGCAUGUUGGCCGCGCGUCCCAUAACGUGUAUCAGCCUGAUGGAGGUGCCCCGGUUUCGUCCACGGAGAAGCAGAUAUCUGAGACUUGGCCUAUAAUGAUGCCGGAUGGCUCUUAUGGUCACUUCUCAAAACCCCAAGCUUUAUCUACUGAUGAUAUAGCAAAAUAUGUCGAUUUGUAUCGCGUUGCAGCAAUCAAUGCCAUUGAAGCAGGUUUUGAUGGAGUUGAAAUCCAUUCUGCCCAUGGGUAUCUGAUUGAUCAGUUCCUCAAAGAUGGGAUAAACGACCGCAGUGAUGAGUACGGUGGUUCCAUGGAGAACCGCUGCCGAUUUCUAAUGCAGAUAGUUGAAGCGGUGAGUAAUGCCGUUGGCCCUGGCAGGCUAGCAAUAAGGAUCUCCCCUGCCUUUGAUCACAUGGACGCUUCGGACUCUGACCCUUUUGCCCUUGGCCUCACCAUCGUCGAGAAACUCAACAACUUCCAGACCAAUGCCUGCUCUAAGCUGGCAUACCUGCACGUCACGCAGCCCCGGUUCGUGUCCUAUGGUAAGAACAAAGAUGGGCCCAUUGGUGGGUGCGGCGAAAAGGAAGCCUUGCUGAUGAGGUCCCUUAAGAAGGCUUACGAAGGGGCAUUUUUGUCCAGUGGUGGGUACACGAGGCAGCUCGGGAUCGAUGCUGUCGAGCGUGGAGAGGUCGACCUGGUCGCGUUUGGGAGGCUGUUCAUGGCGAAUCCGGAUUUGGUCAUGCGGUUCGGGUGUGAUGCGCUUCUCAAUGGGUACGACAGGACACCGACGGCGGCGGCGGCGGCUGACUCACCAUUCUCCAGUGGACCGGAACACGGCCCGCCCCCGGCGGCGGGGGAGACCUAGGACUAGCCCUCCAGUUGUGAGUACAAGGCCACUGAGCACAGGGAGAGGCACCGCACGCCUGAAAAAAAGGAGUCAACAGUACCGACGGGAUGAUGACGGCGGCCGCCAGUAUAUAGUAGCAGCAGCCGCCGAGAAGCCUCCGCCUUGACGGCGGUGAUCUUCUUCUCAUUUGAACAGACCAGAAGGAUAACGUGACGGCUGUUUGGUGGGAUAAAAUAAAAUGAAAGUUGGACGGGGUU